CGCAGUUCAAGUCAUGGGGCUCUUGCUUGCCAAAUGCUGGAAAUACAGCACCUGGUGAGCGACUCAGUGAAGUGACAGUGAUGCUGUGAGCAAAGUUUCGAAACUACCCGCAGGCAAUUGUAGAAAAACUUGUCGAGAAUACGAGGGAUCCGAUGAUUAGAGUUGGUUCUAAUGAUAGGCAGAAUGGUUUCACCAAGUAUGAAUCGUCAGAUUCGGCGGCCAGCUCAGAAUUCUCGUCAACACAAGUAGGAAGUGUCAAUGGCACUCUUCCGAAAAGUAGGGCUUAUAUGUCAGCUGGGUAUGCUUCCAGUGUACCUUCAAGGAUGAAUCAACAAAAUUCUGCAGAAAAAAGGUGUAUGUGUUGUUGGCUUGCUGAGAUUAGCCUAACUCUGAUCUGUGCUAUGGUGUGUUUUCAGAAUGGAAGAUUAUCCGACGGCAAGGACAUUCCAAGUGCACCCUCAUUUUGUGGUUCAACUCAAGGGAUCAGACCAACUAAUGAGCAAAUUUCAACUUCUACAGCUCGUAGUACUCCAAAUAAUGCAGAAUCGAGCACCUUGAAAUCUGUAACCAGAGAUAAGUUUGAGAACCACGGAGAUGCAAGCUCGGAACAAUUGGUUAGACCUGCUACUGGUUCUGACGGUGCUGCAUCUUCUAAUCCACAACCACCCCGUCUUCCAACAUUUCAUGCAAGUGCUCUUGGACCAUGGCAAGCAGUAAUUGCAUAUGAUGCUUGCGCGCGACUUUGCCUUCAUGCUUGGGCAAUGCAAUGUACGGAAGCUCCUAUGUUCUUGGAAAAUGAAUGUUUUCUACUAAGGGAUGCAUUUGGAUUGCGACAAGUGCUGCUUCAACCCGAAGAGGAAUUAUUGGUGAAAUGCAAUGCCGAGCUUUCCAGCGAGGGUGUUGUGCCUAAACCAAAAUACUUAUUGGCAAGAUGAGGGAUCAAGUACGUAAAGUCAAAAGGGGUGUCGACCCUCCUACUGGCUGUAGCAUGUCAAAAAUUGUGACAGACAAAAUUAAAAUGGAAUCUGUACGAUAUAAAUUCUCAAAUUUACAGUAAAAAAUAUCUUCUGGUUGGCACGCUCUUAGGUAAGUUCGCUUUGUACCACAUUUGCCUGCUAAUGGCUCCUUCACUCACAAAAGCUUGGCAUAUGUGCAUGCUAGCACUCGCUAUAUACAGCAAGUCUUUGGACUCCUGAAAGUUGGUGUAACAGCUCCUGCGGAGCAAUUCAUCAUCCUAUGAUGUUGUGCAAGAGACAUUCUUGUGUUCUUUAAGAAUGAAAAGCUUAGCUGAAAAAGAUGCCAUUAAGUUGCAUCCUGGAUCUGCAGAAACUCAUAUGUUGUAAAGUUUUUUUUCUUCGUUUUUGUCUUUUUCUACAUUCACAAGUUCACAACUAUGGUGGUUGAACAUAAUCUGCUUACUUUUACAGCUUUUCAGAUAGUCUUGGCGACGAUUUGAUUAUUGAAGUUUAAGAUUCUAAGCGAAAACAUUUUGGCCGUGUUCUUGUCCAAGUGGCUUCCAUAUCUGAUAAUCCGGCUGACAAAGUACGCCGGUGGCCUAUUUAUCAUGAGCUUGUCGGAAAAAUACAACUCUCUAUAACUUAUACUACAAGCGCAGAUGAAAAUAAUCAUCUCAAGUGUGGUUUUGUAGCAGAGACAGUUGCGUACGACUUAGUUUUAGAAGUUGCGAUGAAAGUCCAAGGCUUCCAACAAAGGAACCUAUUGUUAGAUGGUCCAUGGAAAUGGCUCUUGACAGAGUUUGUCCAAGUGCUUAUUGUAUAAUCUAUUUCUAUAACAAAAAUAAAGUCAAAUUGUUUUAAUAUAAGCUAUCCCAUAGAUUUUAUGGAAAUAAUCUGAAAACAACUUAUGGACAUGCCAUACUUGUGCCGGCAAAUAAUCUCAAAUAAGUCGAUCCAAAGAUUCCUCCAAUGUUACUUAAGAUUGAUUAAUGUCCUCUAUUUUGUAAGGACUAUAUCCUAGUCAUUAUACUACUUUUAAUUUGCACUUACUUACUUUCAAAUA